AUGCCGCCAGCGCAGCCGCUCGUGCCGGCAGCGGCUACGCGCCGCUGCCGCUGCCGCUCUGAGGAGGACCCAUGCCCGUUGCCCGUCUCCCACACACGCGCUGCCGACAGCCUCCCUGUGUGCUCCCCCCCUGCAGGCGCCUUUGACCUUGUGUGGCGCCCAGAGGCAAAGGUGUCUGUUUUGGACAGCGGCUUCAUGCUGGGGGACGGCGUGUGGGAGGGGCUGCGCCUGCACCGCGGCGAACACAUGGACCGGCUGUAUGAAGGGGCCAAAGCUAUAGACAUGGACAUCGGCCUGUCCAAGCAGCAGCUGGCGCAGCUGGUGUACAACACAGUGGAUGCGAAUGGCAUGGCAGACGACGUUCACAUCCGCCUCAUGGUGACGCGGGGCCUGAAGCCCACCCCUUAUCAGAACCCCAAUAUCACACUGGGGAGCCCCACCAUCGUCAUCAUCCCUGAGCACAAGCGGGCGGCGGCGGGGCCCAAGGAGGCAGGCAUCCGCCUCUUCACCUGCCACGUGCGGCGGGGGGCGCCCGACGUGCAGGACCCCGCCUGGAACAGCCACAGCAAGCUCAACUGCAUCGCAGCCUGCAUCCAGGCACGCCAACGCGCGGGCGCUGACGAGGCGCUGAUGCUGGACCCGCACGGCUUUGUGGCCACCUGCAAUUCCACCAACUUCUUCGCAGUGAGGAAAGGAGAGGUGUGGGCCCCGACCGCCAAGUACCAGAUGCCUGGCAUCACGCGCAGCAAGGUGCUGCAGCUGUGCACCCAGCACUCCAUUCCCGUGCGAGAGGCAGACUUCUCGCUCACAACGGUCUACUCAGCCAGCGAGGCCUUUGUGACGGGCACCUUUGCAGGACAGAUCCCGGUGCGGGAGGUGGAUGGGCGCACCAUCGGUACCGGGCGGCGUGGCCCCCUAGUGCAGCGCCUGCAGGAGCUGUACCGCGAUUUGUGCGACCAGCAGGCGGCCGGCGGGCGGAUGGCGGUGGAGGACUGA